UGCUUCUAGAGUCGUAGGACUAUAUAGUCAUAGCUUUCAGAGUUCACUGGCUUACAACUACGCAAGAUUCAGGUCGCGUGUGUUAAAUCAUUACAUGUGACAGUUAUACCAAUAGUACGUCCCGGACAAAAUGGCAGACAACAACUUGUCAUCAGAAGAGUUUCCAGACGUAGUGGAACUGAAUGUGGGCGGGACACACUUCACCACCUGCCUGACGACCCUGAGGAAGUACCCAGAGUCCAUGCUAGCCACCAUGUUCAGCGGGAGGCACCGGCUAGCCCGCGACAAGGACGGGCGCUACUUCAUCGACAGGGACGGAACCUACUUCAAAUUCGUCCUUGAUUUCCUCAGAACGGACGAUCUACCCGACAUACCGCCAGACUCUCUGAGCCAGGCGUACAACGAAGCUCAAUUCUACGGACUAGAACCCUUGAUGGUUCGACUGGCAAACACCCCCACAUUGUCAGCUCAAAAACUUAGACAGGACUACUUAAAAACUUUCGACGACUUUGAAAUCUUACUGGAGUCGCUUGUCGAAGAAGCGAGGAAGCCCUUGUCGAAAUGUCCCUACAGAACAACGUCGGUUAAGAUAGGUCUGAGCGGAAUUAUGUUACAGCGUAAUUUUAAAGAGAACGAAUACCCCACGGGAGAAGGGCAUAACUGUUACGUGACUCAGAAAGCGUUUUGUAUAUUCCAUCCUCUGCACACCAGUAAGAAAGCGGAGGUGGACGUGUUUAUGGAGUGCCUGACGUUGGAGCUGAGUAGUCGGGGGUUCAGUGCGCGUGGCGCCGAGAACAGCCCGCCGCAGUGCCCCUGGUGCACAAAAUGGCUGCACGAAGUGGUCUUCACUUGGUGGUGACUGCGUGUGGACCAUAUAAGUUUUACGGUUUUCGAAAUUUGGAUGGAACGGAAAAAAGUUUUAUUCAUUACGGAAUUAGACAAACCGUGUAUUAUACAGCCCCAAGUGUUAAUACAUCUACAGCUGCCGAAAGAAGCGAGAAGAAAAUGAAAUUGUACAUAGCCUAGUCUAACCAGUAGUUUACAUUAGUACACAUUAGUGAGAUAUCCCUGUGCUUUGUACAUGACCUGUACUUAGCUUGUAAGACCACAAAUGUACAAUAAAGGUCUUUCAUUCAUAUUUUGGAUCGCUACUUUUUAAGAUAUCACAAUACCUUCCCACACUCC